AUGGUGGCAGCCAUAGAGGAAGUGAUGGUGGAUGCCAGGGAUGAGUUGGUGGUGGAUCCUACAGAUGAGCUGGUGGUGGACACCUUGGAUGAAGCAAUGGUGGAAUCUACGGGCCACGCACCUGAAGAGAGCUGUGUUUGUUCAAGCCGUCACCCGCAGCAAAUUGGCGCUGCGCCGUACAGAGCGGCUGUCGUGUUCGGAGCCGCCCGCUGCCGCUGUCAGCCCGACGGCCCCUUGUCGGGAUUUGCAUUUCAGAAGAAGCCAGCAGCUGGCGUCGUGUUGCACAUCGUCUCCGCUCGGCACAUUUCCAUACCGCUCAGCCGGCAGCAUCCCGAGCAGCGCCGUAGCGGGGCUCAGCAGCUCCGGGUGCUGCUCCUCGGACAGCGAGCAGGAACAGAAGGGACAGGAACACCCACCUUUCCCCACAGAAAGCUGCGCUGGCACAGCUUCCAGAACUCCCACCGGCCCAGCCUGAACUCUGCCUCACUGGAGAUCAAUCGCCAGUCCUCUGCUCAGCUCAACCUGCUCCAGAAGUGCUCCUUGCUGCGGCUCACAGCUAUCAUGGAGAAGUACUCCGUGCCCCACAAGCAAGCCUGGACGUGGACUGUGCCCAAGUUCAUGAAGCGGAGCAAAGUUCCUGACUACAGGGACAAGUCAGUCUUUGGGGUGCCACCCAUCAUCAAUGUGCAGAGGACGGGGCAGCCGCUGCCACAAAGCAUCCAGCAGGCGAUGCGUUACAUCCGCAGCCAGUGCUUGGACCAGGUUGGCAUUUUCCGUAAAUCAGGGGUGAAGUCUAGGAUCCAGGCGCUCCGUCACAUGAAUGAAACCAGCCCUGACAACGUCAACUACAAGGGGCAGUCAGCGUACGACGUGGCUGACCUGCUGAAGCAGUAUUUCCGUGACCUGCCAGAGCCCAUCUUCACCAGCAAGCUCACCGACACCUUCCUGCAGAUCUAUCAGUUUGUGCCAAAGGAGCAGCAGCUGCAGGCAGUGCAGGCUGCCAUCAUCCUGAUGCCAGAUGAGAACCGUGAGGUGCUGCAGACCCUGCUCUACUUCCUGAGUGACAUUGCCUCUGCCGAGGAGAACCAGAUGACUGCUGGGAACCUGGCCGUGUGCCUGGCCCCCUCACUCUUCCAUCUCAAUGUGUCCAAGAAGGAGAGCACCUCACCGAGGGUGAUGCACAGGAGAGGCACUAUGGGGAAGCCUGACCAGAAGGACCUGAAUGAGAACAUGGCUGCAACACAGGGGCUCUCCCACAUGAUCACUGACUGCAAGAAGCUCUUCCAGGUCUCCCAUGACAUCUUGCUCCAGCUGAGCAGCUCUUACAUGGCAGCAGAUGCUUACCCCCAUCCCCUGUCCGAAUUUGUGUGUCAAGGGGAAGGCAAGGAUUUACACUCCUACUUUGAGCAGAAUGUCCGGAACCUGCUCAAAGAGUCAUCAGAGAAAUUCAAGGGAUGGCUGAGCACCCCAGGACCCCUCAACACGGAGCUCUCCUGCAAAAAGGUUGGGGACGGGCACCCCCUGCGCUUGUGGAAGGUCUCCACAGAGGUCGAGGCCCCUCCCUCCACGGUGCUGCAGCGGGUGCUGCGGGAGCGUCACCUCUGGGACGAGGACCUGCUUCAGAGCAGAGUGGUGGAGGCUCUGGACAAGGACAUGGAGGUGUAUCACUAUGUGACGGACAGCAUGGCACCUCACCCGCGCAGGGACUGCGUGGUGCUCAGGUGCUGGCGCACAGACCUGCCACGAGGAGCCUGCCUGCUCGUGUCCAUCUCGGUGGAGCACGACAAGCUGCAGGUGGAGGGAGGUGUUAAAGCUGUGGUGCUGACCUCGCAGUAUCUCAUCGAGCCCAGCGGCAUGGGACGCUCCAAAGUGACGCACAUCUGCAGGGCUGACCUCAGGGGCCGAUCACCGGAGUGGUACAACAAAGUCUUUGGGCACCUCUGUGCCAUGGAGCUGGUGAGGAUCCGAGAUUCUUUCCCAGCACUGAGUCCGAAUGGCCCUGAGACCAAGAUCUGAGGAGCUGGGAAGAUGCUGCAUCCUGUCAGACCACGGACACGCAGCCAAUGGGGCUGGGACACUCAAAGGGGAGUGAGAAGCUGACAUGCCACUAGGAUGGGCACAUAUUUAUAUGCUUCCUUUUAAACUGGGCCUGGCCCCCCAACAGAGAGCCAUGGGCUGCCCUAGCUGUGCACGGCCCUUCUCUGCUCCCCCUGCAGGGCCGUUUGCCACCAUCCCUUGGAGGGACAGGGGCAGCUGUACCCCCACACCUGCUGCUGCUCAUCUCUCCUGUCUCAUGCAUGCUACAGGGCUGGCUGCCGGCAGCGAUGGAGCUGUGCCCCAAGGGGCUUUGUAGGAGAAAUGGACAAGAGCAUCUUGCUUGCCCAUGGAAAGGAGAGGGGGUUUUGGGGUGAUGCCCAAUGGUCCAGAAUGAGCUGGACCAGGAACUGCUCCAGGUGAGGGUAUGUGGAGCGAAGCAGGAGGCAGCAGAGGUGUGGGAGCUGAGGGGCAGGUGGAGCCAAGGCCAGAGAUCACAGUGCUGUGUCAGAGGUGAGGACUGGGUGGUGAGGGGAGAAGUGUGCAUGUGCAAUGUCACCCAGUGUAGGGACAGGCAGGGAGCUGGGCUGGGAACCUGUUUGCUGAAGGAUGCUCUUACUGGAGGAGAGGACGACGUAGAUAUCUAUAGAUCCAUUUACUGACAGCCAUUGUCAAGUGGCAGACGGAAUCUACUGCUAUUACCUUUGGUGCUAAAUUUCAUAGGGGAUGAAGGAAAAAGCUGUUUUAUCCACUGCCUUGGUCUGAUUCAACUGAAAGACGCCCCUGUACGCUGCGUUUCAGUAGGGGCUGGAUGGACGUGCUUCCAAGCCAGUUGCCAUCCUUCCACACCAUGUCAGGCAGUUGGAUGGGGGGUGGACAAGGCUAGAAACCCAGAGCAGCCGCAAGGAAGCUAAUGAAGGGACAGUGAUACAAGGAGGACUGAGGCAGUGGUGCAAGAAGGGUGGAAGCAGGGAAGAGGGAUGUGCCCAGCACUGCAGCUCAUAGCUCCUUGCUACAGCUGGAGGGUCUCAGUGCACCCCUACCAGAGAGGGGUGAGAGGCGCAGCAUCCCCACCAGCGGGAGCUGAUCAAGCAGCAUCUGCUUCCACUACAGCAAGCAAAUGGUGAUAACCCAACUGCUAGAGCCAGGCUUAGUACACCUCCUGUGCACUGCAGUAACGAGGCAUGGUGGAUUCACGUCUCUCUGGGCAAUGGCAGGCAGCAGAGCUUGUGCCCCACAGAUGUGCAGAGCUGCCCCAGCACACCCUGCAAGGAGCCUGGCUUCCCCUUCCCAGCCCUUCCUUCUUCCUGCGGCGCCCAGAACUGACCUGGUUUCUCCUUUAGGCAGGGACCCAAGUUACUUGACGUCGUUCCAACUGGAAGGCAACACGACCCACGGGCGGGAGCAAUUCCCAGUGCCAGUUUUGCCAUAACAAAUCAUGUCUGUCUCUCUUUUGGUUAAAAAGAAAAUAAAGAUGACCCAGUCUGUAUUCUGUUUUUAUUAUAUAUAUAUAUAUAUAAAAUACAUAACUUCUUGAGGGAGUGAUUUUUCUCCUAAUAUUUUUUUUAAACAUUUCUUUUUUUUCUAUAUAAAUACUUGUACAGUUGGAAUAUUAAUAUAUAACUGUGGCGGUAGAGCUCAGCACCAGGUGAUGCUCACUUAAAAGAUGUGUAUUUUGUAUUUAAGGGGCUAUUUCUUGUUUUGUAUCAUAUGCAAUGCAACAGAUUGUUUGACUUGGAUUGGGGCUGCUCUUCCUAUCCGUGUAAUUAAUAAAAUACUAACGAUA